AUGUCUUUUUCGGAAGAGGAAAAUGAAGAAGAAUCAACAGAUGAAAAACUAAGCAUAAACCCGAAUUAUCGAUGGCUUGCUCUUUUCACUGUCAUGGCAACUUCAGGUGGCAAUGCAAUGGGCUGGCUAGCAUUUGCUCCGAUUCCUGGGCCGACCACAGAGUACUUCGGAAUAACCACCAAUCAAGUUGAUUUGUUCUCAGUUCUCUUCAUGCUGGUGGGAAUACCUGUUGGCUUUGUCGCUAUCUAUUGUGUGGAUAUAAUUGGUCUGAGAAAGUCGAUUUGGAUAGCAGCGGCGUUCAAUCUUGCUGGCUCAGUCGUCCGGUUAUCGACGCUUUUUCAUGAAGAACUCGAUCAAAAUGGCGAUUUUAUAGCAGCACCCAAUUGGUGCUACCCAGUUGCCCUUGUCGGGACUGCAAUUAUGGCUGUCAGUCAAGCUUUCAUCCUCGUUAUUCCGACAAAAAUGGCAUCUCAGUGGUUUCAAGCUGAUCAGAGACUACUUGCCAACUCACUUUCUUCCCUUUCGAAUCCACUGGGGAUGAUGAUUGCUGCAGUAACAGCCCCGAUAAUUGAAUACGGCCGCGAAUACAUUUGGAUUCUCGUCUGCGGAGCAAUCGGAAUCGGACAUUUCUCAACAAAACUUACCCUUCUUGUCCAAUUUCUCUGCCCUGGGGGAUACGACAAUACUUUCAGCUCUUCAAUUUGUGCCUCAGCUAUAAUUGUUACUGGAAUCGUUUUCAGUGCGAUUUUGUCGAUUUUCAUUGAUGGAAAAGAAUAUCAUUCUCCGGCCGCAAAAAUUUUGCUUCUUGUCGCUCUUGGUGCUUCGAUUGGUUUCGCUUUCAUCAUGCAUACGCCAGAAAUUGAGCCAUGGAUUGGCGUCGUUUGUGGACUUUAUGGCCUAGGAGGGCUGAGUUUCUUCCCGCUUUGUUGCGAAAUGGCGGCGGAGUCGACUUUUCCCGUCGGAGAAGCAACCUCAACCGGAUUUAUGAUGAUGCUCGGGCAACUUCUAGCGGCGGUUAUGAUGUUCGGGAGUGCGGCGGUUCCGCAAGGUUUCGAGCCUGACUCAUCUGUUUGCAAUCCAAAGGAAGAGGGGCAAGAUUUAUCGGAGUUCUCAUUUUACCUCGAUAUUGUGAUCUUGGGACUCUGGUUUUUGUUUCUCUUUUUGUACAAAUGCUCAUACAGAAGAAAACAUCAUUAUGAAGAGCUUGAAGAUACUUCAGUAACAACUUCCUUGUAA